AUGCUUACACGACCAGAGUUCGCACCACUCUUCCCUGGCAAGAACCUCGGCAAGCUCACUGCUGUGACACUUGCCCACCGAACUAACUGCAACAUCUUCGACUGGAACGAAGAAAUGGCCGCCGAACGUGAACAGUUGGCCGAAUACUUUUCUGAGGCUGCCCGUGAGAUGUGCACCUAUCUGACCAACCAAGGAUACUGGGCCGAUUAUAUUGACCCGUACACCAGCCAGCCGGCUCUAGGUGGAACUACUUCUGAUGCACUUACGGAGACAGAUGCUCGUCUUAAACGCCUCGGCUUCCUGAUUGAUGAUGUUGCCUGCUGCAAGAUUCUUCGCCAUCAGCGUUGGGGCCACCAGGUCUACGUUGGUGUUGUCUUCACAAACGCACCCUCGAGCCUUCCCAUGUUGGCCGGCCUUCAGACCCUAUCCACUCACUAG